UGCCUCGGAUUGUGAAUUCACUCUCAACUCUCUUUUGGAUGAGCUACAAAGUGAUCAGUGGCCGGUUCAGCCAGGUCAUCGUUCCCAACGAUGCACAGGUGUGGCAUUGAGUGUAGCUGCAGGAUUGCUUGGAGCUUGCUUGCCUGGAACUGGGGCUAGAAUUGUUGCUUUGAUCGGAGGUCCAUGUACAGGAGGCCCUGGAACUAUUGUCUCAAAAGAUUUGUCGGAUCCUGUGCGUUCUCACAAAGAUGUAGAUAAAGAUGCCGCUCCUUACUAUAAGAAGGCUGUCAAGUUUUAUGAGAGCAUCGCAAAGCAACUAGUCACUCAGGGUCAUGUGCUAGACCUUUUUGCUUCUGCACUUGAUCAGGUUGGGGUUGCUGAGAUGAAAGUUGCAGUUGAAAGAACGGGUGGCCUUGUUGUUCUGUCUGAAAGUUUUGGCCAUUCCGUAUUCAAAGAUUCCUUCAAGCGGGUAUUUGAAGAUGGCGAUCAGGCUCUUGGCCUCUGCUUUAAUGGGAUGCUUGAGAUCUGUUGUUCACAGGACAUCAAAAUUCAAGGAGCUAUUGGGCCAUGCUCAUCAUUAGAGAAGAAAGGUACUAGUGUUGCUGACACGGUUAUUGGAGAGGGGAAUACUUCUGCUUGGAGGUUGUGUGGCCUUGAUAAAAGUACGUGUUUGACGGUAUUUUUUGACAUAUCUUCAAGCGGGUCAAAUUCUCCAGGAGCUGCGAAUCCACAGUUUUACUUGCAGUUUCUCACAAGUUACCAAAACCCUGAAGGCCAAACAUUGCUCCGGGUUACUACUGUAUGCAGACAGUGGAUAGACAGUGCUGUGAGUUCAGAGGAACUUGUGCAUGGGUUUGAUCAAGAAACUGCUGCUGUGGUAAUGGCCAGAUUAGCUUCUUUUAAAAUGGAGUCAGAGGAGGGAUUUGAUGCUACUCGGUGGUUAGAUCGGAGUCUCAUUCGUCUUUGUUCAAAGUUUGGAGACUAUAGAAAGGAUGAUCCAACCUCCUUCACGCUGAAUCCCUAUUUUUCGUUAUUUCCUCAGUUUAUAUUUAAUCUGCGGCGAUCGCAGUUUGUUCAGGUGUUUAACAAUAGCCCUGAUGAAACCGCAUACUUCUGCAUGUUGUUAAACCGGGAGAAUAUUUCGAAUGCAACUGUCAUGAUCCAACCGUCGUUGACAAUGUAUUCAUUCCAUUCACCACCUCAACCAGCUUUACUAGAUGUGGCUUCCAUUGCAGCCGAUCGAAUUCUUUUAUUAGAUGCAUACUUUAGUGUUGUUGUCUUCCAUGGAAUGACUGUAGCACAAUGGCGAAACAUGGGUUAUCAUCAUCAGUCUGAACACCAGGCUUUUGCUGAGUUAUUGCAAGCUCCACAAGAGGAUUCCCAGAUGAUAGUCCGGGAGCGUUUCCCUGUCCCAAGAUUAGUUGUCUGUGAUCAGCACGGCUCGCAGGCGAGGUUUCUAUUAGCUAAGCUGAAUCCAUCAGCGACAUACAACAACGCAAACGAGAUGUCAACAGGGUCAGAUGUGAUAUUCACAGACGACGUGAGCCUUCAAGUCUUCUUUGAACAUCUUCAGAAGCUCGCCGUGCAAUCUUGAGUAGUCAUUGUUUUUUUUUUUUCUUCUAAACUCAUCAACAAACAUUGAAAACUUUUAAUUUUGUCUUUAUUAAAAAAAUUGUCUUGUAAUAUUAUGUUUUUGUUCAAGAACUUUGGUAUUAUUUUGUUCAAGAACUUUGGUAUUAUUCCUGAUUUAA